UGCUCUCGGCAGCAAGUGGAGUUAAAAGCAGACUGUAACAAGGGGUAUGUCACUGUUAAGCAGAUAGGAGUGAACCCAACUAGUGUUGAUCUCGUGAAUAUUGGCAAGGAUGAAGAGGUGAAAAUGAAGCCAGGCCAAGUUCUGUAUAUUGUGAAUAAACUUUACCCCUACACGGUGCAAUUUGCUGAAGAGUCAGGGAAAACAGAUACAAGAGUGGAAGGGAAAAUACAAACCAAGAAGAUGCCACGUGAGGACUCCUUUGAGAAUGAUGAUGUAGAGCCUGUGCCCAGAAAAACAAUGAAGGUGGAGGUGGUGGAUACAAAAGGCAGCUCUGCAAACCCCAAGCUAAGCCACACCAGUGUGUCUCCACAAGAAGGAGCUUCAAGCAAAAAGGAACAUUCUGGACACUGGAGUCAGGGUCUAAAGAGCUCCAUGCAAGAUCCAAAAAUGCAGGUUUACAAAGAUGAGAAAACGGUAGUCAUUAAGGAUAAAUAUCCAAAAGCACGUUACCACUGGCUUAUCUUACCAUGGGACCCCAUUUCAAGCCUGAAGUCAGUGACCAGGGACCACCUUGAACUCCUGGAACAUAUGGAUGCAGUCGGGCAAAAAAUGGUUGAGCAGUGCCCAGCCAGAGAGAGUCUGGAGUUCCGACUGGGUUACCACGCUGUCCCCAGCAUGAGUCAGCUACAUUUGCAUGUAAUCAGCCAGGAUUUUGAUUCUCCAGCCCUGAAAACAAAAAAACACUGGAACUCUUUUACUACAGACUACUUCUUAAACUCUGAAGAUGUGAUAGAGAUGGUAAGAAGCAAGGGAAAAGUCAUCGUGAAAGAUAAUGUCUCUGAACUUCUCAAAUUGCCCCUCAGAUGCCAUCGCUGCAAACAACAGCUGUCCACUAUCCCACAGUUAAAGGAACAUCUCAGGAAACACUAGCCAAAAUGACUUCGGAAGACGUAAUCUUACAACCUGCUGGAUUUCAGGCUAAAAUAAAGGCAUCAAAGUGUUAGUAAAUGUGUGUGUUUAAGUCAGA